AUGGACGUCUUCCACACAUACUCCUUCAGCGCCGCUGGAUUCUUCACGAUUCAAUCACUGGCCCUCCUGCUGAGCCCCAAGCUGAUCGUCACGCUCCUCGUCUCGGAAGCCCGACAAAUCACCGAUCUGGAAUACUACCUCUCCCGCAGCCUGGGCCUCGCCGUGCUGACAUUGGCGGUGUUCCACCUGAUCUUCACCGGCGUGAUCCCAGGGACAGCGACCGAUGUCUCAUCCGCAGCGGACGACGAAGACGCCGUCGGACCGUAUGCCUAUCCCACGGUGAUCGUCACGACCAUCUACACGGCGCUGCAGGCCUUUUACCUCUACACGCAGACGACGUCGGACAACGCGUCGUUUGCGUUCAUCGCCGGGUUGGCCGCGAAUUCCGGACUGUUCUCCGUGGGGAUCUGGAUCGUGCUGUUUGCGUCCGAGAAGGGCAGGCACAGCAAGCGGACGGGCGCGGAUAAGAGGACUUCGAACUGGCCUUUCACCAACAAGGAGAGCGCACGGGAGAUCAAGAAGGCCAGUCGUACUGGUGGAGAAGCGAAGUUGCAAUAG